AUGCCAUUGUCAACCGGAACCUUCGAAGAUGUCAUUGAACGCCUCAUUAAUUCACCGUGCAAUGAACAUCCGCCACUAACGAACUUCAUCAACAAUGAUUUUGUGAGCAGCAAGACUUUAAUGCCAUCAGUGAAUCCAGCUACCGGUUUGGUAUGGAUCCAGAUACCAAGCUCUAGCAAAGAAGAUGUCGAUCGUGCUGUGGCAGCAGCAAACAAAGCGUUUUCAUCAUGGUCGACAACAAGUGUUCAGUACCGAUCGAAACUUUUGCUGAAGGUUGCAGUUAUCAUCGAAAAGAAUUCUCAAAAGCUAGCUAUUCUUGAAUCACGUGACCAGGGAAAGCCGGUACAACUGGCAAAGGCGAUUGAUAUUCCACGUUGUGUUCAUAAUUUUCGAUUCUUUGCUACCGCCAUUUUGCAUCAUACAUCACCAUCAACAUUAAUUGACGAACCGAUCCAUGCUGUUAACUAUGUCAAACAUGAUCCAGUUGGUGUCGCUGGACUAAUCUGUCCAUGGAAUCUUCCCCUAUACUUGUUAUCGUUCAAACUUGCUCCCGCGUUAGCAACUGGUAAUACUGCUGUAUGCAAGCCGAGUGAGCUAACCAGUGUUACUGCAUGGAUUUUGAUGCAUGCAUUUCGAGAAGCAGGUUUUCCUCCUGGAGUCGUGAAUAUGGUCAUUGGAACCGGUGCUUCGGUCGGACAACAUCUCGUUGAGCAUCCUGACGUGCCGUUGGUGAGCUUCACUGGAAGUACUGCUGUUGGCAAGAAAAUUGCUGCAAUAUGUGGAAGGUUAAAUAAGAAGGUAUCACUUGAAAUGGGUGGGAAGAAUGCAGCAAUUGUGUAUCCCUCAUGCGACAUAACCCGACAUCUUCCAACUAUUACAAGAUCCUGUUUCAUCAAUCAAGGCGAGAUUUGCCUUUGUUCCAGUCGUAUAUUUGUUCACUCUUCUAUAUACAAAAAUUUUUUGGAGCUCUUUGUGAAGGAGGCACAAAAGUAUACCGUCGGCGAUCCAUUAAUGGACGUUACACUUGGUGCAAUGAACUCAGAGACACAUUUUGAAAAGGUAAAAUCGUACAUUUCACUAGCGCAAAAAGAGGGUGGAACGAUCCUGUGUGGCGGAGCUGUUACUUUAAAUGGCAAACUGAAGAACGGAUACUACAUAGCUCCUACAAUAAUAAUCGAUCUGCCCGAUUCAAGCCGAUGCACGCAGGAGGAGAUUUUCGGACCUGUUGUUUGUGUUACAGUAUUCCACUCAAUGGAGGAGGUUGUUUCACGUGUUAACGACUCUCCUUAUGGAUUAUCGGCAACGGUUUGGAGCGAGAACAACGAAGAACUGAUAAACACGGCUAAUCGUCUUCGUGUCGGAACGGUGUGGUGCAAUACAUGGAUGACUCGUGACCUCAAUAUGCCUUUUGGAGGAACAAAAGAAUCAGGAAUGGGACGUGAAGGAGCCAAUGACUCAAUGCACUUUUUCACAGAAAAAAAAACAGUUUGCAUAGCGUUGUGA